AUGCCACCCAAACGCGCUGCCAGGAUUGAGUCGCGAGAUGCACAGCCAUCGCAAAUCUCUCGCUCACCAUCUCACAACAACCGAGCGGUGACACCAGUGCCCGACGCGGUCGAUGCGAGACACGACCAGCCAAUCUCGAUCCUCUCAGCCCCGGUCUAUCAGCAUCUACUGGCACAGUACUAUCGAAACGGCGAGUACUCAGACCUCGAGGUUGUCUCCAACGGCGUUGUGCUCUCAGUUCACAGGAUCGUUGUCUGCUCAGAAUCACCUGUGUUGAAGGACAAGUGCAGUAACCUAGGUCGCGACCAACGCUUGGAGCUGCACCAAUAUGAUACCGAAACACUGGACCGUGUCCUAGAUUUCUGCUAUCGCCGUACGUACUCGGAUGGCGAAUACCCAGACAACACAGCGCCAUUUCCUCUUACCAUGACCGCCGGCGAUGUGAACGACGCUCUCGAAAAGCCGCUCGUUGUUCUGAAUGACAUAGAAGAUACUGAAUGGAUGGGACUUGAUCCUCAGUGCGAGGUCUUCGACGAGGAGGGGCAGGACGGGCGCGAGGACGAGGAAGACAAUGGAUAUCUGCCAUCCCCCUGCGAAAUCGACCACCCCUGUGAUGAUGUCGAGUCUUUAGACGAAGAAGAGCUUCCCGCCAACAUGCCUUCAGACUCCCAGGGGGAAGAGGAGACUCCGCAGCCUCCAUAUGCGAUCAGCCUCUUUGCCAACUUCAACGUGUACAUCGCAGCAAAGGAACUUCAAAUUCCAGCCCUCCAGCUUCUCGCCCGCUUACGUUUUACACACUCUCUGCGCUCUCAUUGGGCUCGGUUUGCGGACCUCCCGACUUUGAUUGAGCAGGUCUAUCUACGUACGGAUAGCAGCGAGCCACUGCGCGCGUUGAUCAGCCAAAUGGUGGCUGCUGAAUACGGGACAGGAUAUUCAGUGGCUUCCGAGGAUGGUAUCAGGGCGCUUAUGGCCAGAAACGGCGAAUUUGCCAGAGACGUGCUGGACACAACACUUCGAUUGCGAAGAAGAUGGGCAGAUUCGGAAUGA